UCUUACUCUCCCUCGUUACGAAGCAAGCGAGCAAGGUUGGUCACAAGAAAGAGAAGCAGAGGGUUUCUCCGUCUCUGUUCCCCUCUCUCUCUCUCUCCUUUCUCUCUCUCCCCGCGUCCACCGACGAUGGGAUCGGCGACGCGUCUUCCCGCUGCCGUCUCGGCGAUGCUGGUCGCCUUCCUCUUCGCCUCCGUCGUCGAUGGCUUCUACCUCCCCGGCGUCGCCCCUCAAGACUUCAUGAAGGGUGAUAAUUUACAAGUGAAAGUGAACAAGCUUUCAUCUAUAAAAACCCAACUUCCAUAUGACUAUUAUUUCCUGAACUAUUGUAAGCCAGAUAAGAUUAUGAACAGUGCAGAGAAUCUGGGAGAGGUUCUUCGAGGUGAUCGUAUUGAAAACUCUCUUUACUUGUUCAAAAUGAGAACGGAUGAGUCAUGCAAACUUGCGUGCAAGACAAAACUUGAUGCUGAAUCAGCAAGGAACUUCAAGGAGAAAAUUGAUGAUGAAUACAGGGUCAAUAUGAUUUUGGACAAUCUUCCAGUUGCAGUCAUCAGGAAAAGGAGGGAUGGGAGCAAGACCUAUGAGCAUGGUUUCCUUGUUGGUUUCAGAGCAAGUUAUUCUGGGAGCAAAGAGGAAAAGUACUUCAUCAACAACCAUCUGCAGUUCAAAGUCAUGUAUCACAAGGACGUUGAGACUGAUUCUGCUCGUAUUGUUGGUUUUGAGGUUACUCCAUAUAGUGUCAAUCAUGAGUACAAGCAGCCAUGGGAUGAGAAGAAUCCUCAAUUAAUUACUUGUGGUACUGAUUCGAAAAAUAUAAUUCAAGGGAGCACUGUUCCUCAAGAAGUAGAGGCAGAUAAGGAGGUUAUAUUCACUUACGAUGUUCUCUUUGAGACAAGUGAAAUUAAGUGGGCUUCUCGCUGGGAUACAUACCUUCUCAUGAGUGAUGACCAGAUUCACUGGUUCUCUAUUAUCAAUUCUUUGAUGAUUGUCUUGUUCCUUUCUGGAAUGGUGGCCAUGAUUAUGAUGCGAACUCUAUACAAAGACAUUGCCAACUAUAACCAGCUGGAAACACAAGAUGAAGCACAGGAAGAAACUGGUUGGAAGCUUGUCCAUGGAGAUGUGUUCAGGCCUCCAGUUAAUUCUGGCUUACUAUGUGUUUAUGUUGGUACCGGAGUCCAGUUCUUUGGGAUGACACUUGUCACCAUGAUAUUUGCAUUGCUCGGUUUCCUUUCACCUUCCAAUCGUGGUGGGCUGAUGACUGCCAUGGUUCUCCUGUGGGUCUUUAUGGGUUUGUUUGCAGGAUAUUCAUCAUCGAGGCUGUAUAAAAUGUUUAAAGGAACAGAAUGGAAAAAGAACACGCUGAAGACAGCAGUCAUGUUCCCUGCCAUUCUCUUCUCCAUCUUCUUCGUACUCAAUGCUCUCAUCUGGGGAGAAAAGUCUUCAGGUGCAAUUCCGUUUGGUACCAUGUUUGCACUUGUGGUUCUUUGGUUUGGCAUAUCAGUGCCUUUGGUUUUUGUUGGAAGUUAUCUUGGAUACAAGAAGCCAGCAAUUGAGGACCCCGUGAAGACGAAUAAGAUCCCCAGGCAGAUUCCUGAGCAGGCAUGGUAUAUGCAGCCUGUUUUCUCUAUUCUAAUUGGGGGCAUAUUGCCAUUUGGUGCUGUUUUCAUUGAACUCUUCUUCAUCUUGACAUCCAUAUGGCUGAAUCAGUUCUAUUACAUCUUUGGGUUUCUCUUCAUUGUCUUUGUUAUCUUGUUGAUAACAUGUGCGGAGAUCACAAUUGUCCUCUGCUACUUCCAGCUGUGCAGUGAGGACUACCACUGGUGGUGGAGGGCUUAUCUGACUGCAGGCUCCUCAGCUCUGUAUCUCUUCCUAUAUGCGGUCUUCUAUUUCUUCACGAAGCUUGACAUAACUAAAGUCGUGUCAGGCAUUCUCUACUUCGGCUAUAUGUUGAUCAUAUCGUAUGCCUUCUUUGUUUUGACUGGAACUAUAGGAUUCUAUGCUUGCUUCUGGUUUGUGAGGAAGAUCUAUUCUUCUGUGAAGAUCGACUGAUGGAGAAACUUGACAGAGGUCGAUAAUGAGAACAUCAGAAAUAACAAUGGGAUUUGAGCAGGGAGGGGUGCAAAAAAGGCAAAGAGCAAGGGCGCAGUACCCAAGAACCAAAGGCGGGCAUCGUUCUAUAGUAUCACAUUUUGCCGUGGAUGAUGGUGAUUUUGUAGAAGACCAGCAUAGUUAUGUAUUGUUUUUUCUUUCAGAAUUUAAUCUUUUGCUUGUUUGAACAUCUACAUGAUGAACUCAUAGUUUUACUUGUCCUUACAUGUGAGAAUCUUAAAUCUUUUAACCAGGGAGCCAGUUGUACAUCA